CCCUCUAGUCACUUUCCUCCGUGUGAUGGUCAAGCACGAGCGCACUCACCUGCGCAAUUUGCUUUUGACCCACGUCCGCCAGGACGCUCGACCCCGCGAGCUAGGGCCCAUCCCCAAGAUAUUUGACCUUAUAAUCCUAAUUGAUCGAUCCUUCCAGCCUCGGAACACCCUUCGAUCCGCUGCCGAAAUCCGAGGCAGUCUUACAUCGGACCAGAUGGUCCAAUUUGCAAUGAUAAGGUUGCUAACCAUUCACCACCACCUUCACCGAGCUCCUGGGGACACCAGGUCGCAAUGGGACGUAAUCGACGACCAAUUUGAGGCCAUCCGGGAGAAGUCGAACGUCCAAUUGCAUGCACUCUCCAUCCUCAUAUUACGAUGCGAUCGAGCGUUGUUUCCUGGGGAUUUCAUGUUUGCAGACAUACCCGAAGAAAUCAUUCGAAUGCCUAGUGUGUUGGACUGCGAAAUCAAAACCCGAGCCAUUGUGGCAGAACUCGGGGAGGAACCAACAGACGAGGCCCUGGCCAGACUUGUUGACUCAGAAGCCGGCCUGGUAUAG